UCGCGCAGCGCGCGUUUUGUGUCAUGUGUGUUUACAUUAUGAGAGAAAUAUGUAAUACAACAAAGAAUGUCAGGAAACGAUAGCUUUCUACACACAGUGAAUGACUUUUUCAACAAAAUGUCCAAGGAAUUCGUGACCGUCGACGGUAACGUGAAGAAGGUUCAGAAAGAGAAUCUAACUCCUUUCAAAGUGGCAACUGUUAUUUUAAUUAGAGAAUAUUGCAACGAAAACACAAAAGCAAUCGUGGAGAGACGCGACUUUUGUCUAGCGUCGUUGAAAUUGAUUCAGUCAGCAGAUAUGGAACUGGCCGAUCUGUUGAACAUGUUGUACGGUUCGCAAUACGCCUUACAUCGUUUUGCGGAUCAGUUGGAAGUGGAACUGGACACUCUGCACAGAAAAGGAAUCGAAGGACUGUUGAAUCUGUUCGACAGUCUUCGUCGACUGAUGGAACCCAAGGAUCACUCGCUCUCGGUAGCGGCGCUGAGCAAAAAUUCUGUUCUAGGAUUGUACGUUCGCAGAAUGCUCAUUUUCUUUGAGAAAUUGGGUUUCGACCAGGUGGUCUCUCUCUAUAACGAACUGCAGAGAUAUAUAGAGAAAAAAAUCGGUUGCGCGGACACUUCUGAUGCUUCUGUAAUUUCCAAGACAGACUGUAGCCCGGAAAAGGCGGUGACUUGGGGCGGAAGACAAGCUGAAUUGCUUGUGGCGCAACAGGCGCACAUAUUGCAAACCGACGAGCACAAGGCGAUGUCGCCGAUAGCUUUGCAAGCUCUGGUCACGGAUCUUUUGAAAUCAACUCCGUACAGCGCGGACGCGCAUUACUUGAGUUACUUGAAUUCCAUUCGUGUGAACGACUUCUGCGGCGCGGUGGACAGUCUUUAUCACUGUUUUGACAGACUGGCACCUCUGGAGAACCGAUCGACACCCGAAGACCGAUCUCGCACAUUUCGAUACGCGGCGCUCAAUCUGGCCGUCUUACACGCCCAGUUUAAUCACAAGGAAGUGGCGCAAUACGCUUUGAAAGAGGCUAUCAAGUUGGCCCAGGAAGCCGGAGACAACGUGUGCUUGCAACUCGCGCAUUCUUGGAUGUCCUAUUUGACCAGCGAAGAGAAUAAAGGUCUGCUCAUAGAACGCUCGGUCGGCAAGGCGAGUUUGCUGGGAAUCACGCACACGACAGGCUUGAGUCUCAUUUCGCACGCGCACAAUUGCGCCCUGGAAGCCAAGAGUCCAUCUGUGGUGUUCGACAUAUUGAUGAAGUCGGACAUGUUAAAUUGCCAGCACUCGAUGUCCGACCUGAAGUCCGUUACCUUCGCGGAGAAGUCCGCUUUAUGGGCGUAUUACGGCAAGACGGAAAUGGCCUCUCUUUGCGCCCAACUACUGCUUCUUCACAACACGGGUGAUAAGAAGCAGUACAUGUUCAACGGCCCGUCCACGUGCCAGGCGAUCGUCACCGUCGCCAAUAUGCUGAUCGAGCUCGGCGAAUACGUUCGCGCCGACAUUGUUUUGUCCCACGCCAAAGAACGAUUUCCCAAAAGUCCUUGCAACAAAAUCUGGAUGUUGAGCGAACAGCUGCACGUAUUCGCGCAACUGAUGAGACAAGAGAAGUGGAGCGAGGCGGAGGCGAUAGCGAGAAAUAUAUCUAGCUUGGAUCAGUUGGAAUCCGAGCUCAGAUUGACGGAGGUCUGCCUGGCGAAAGGUGACUUUCCAAAGGGACUCGAAUACAUUGACGUUAUCGAGAAGCAUCCAGACGCGACUCCGCCGCACGUGAUACGCGCCGUUCUUCUUUCUUGCCAGAUAACUUGCGCUUCGUCCUUACCGUCAAGCGUAAAAGUGGUCGCCACCAACUGCAUAGUACGUCUCUGUUCGGCUCUAGACCUGGCCACGCGAAAUUAUCUGUUCUACUACAAGGCUCUCAUCAAGAUGCAUCUCGCGAACGUACAAUUGUUAAUGGGACUGCCAACAUUGGCCUUGAAUCUGGUGGAGGAGGCCAUCCCCACGAUUUUGGGCUACGGUGGAUGUUACGAUCAAGGCAAGGCCUUUCUGUUGUACAGCAAGUGUCUGAUAGCCUCAGCGCCGGAGAGCGUUUCCGAGGCGCGAAAAGAAACGAUUCUGAGUGGGAUAAAAGUUCUGUCGAAAGCGCAAGCGUUGUUCAACAAGAUCAACGCUGUCGCCAUGGUCAAGAGCACCUUGCAUCUUCAAGCCGUUUUGUACAACGAGAUCGAUCUCAUGUCCGAACGAAAUCAGUGCGCUUUCGAGUUUCGUCAGUUGGACGAGCAGUAUCAAACGUCUCCCACCAAUCCCUUUUUAUAUUGAAAUUUAUGAAAAAAAAAAAACAUGUUUGUACAUGAAAAGUAUGAAAGGAAAAGUGAUGUACAUAUAUAAAUCUUUUUUUACUUCCAAAACAUUUCUUUCUUUCUUUUCUCCGGUGAUAGACUGGAGGAUGUGUACUGCCUGCUUUUUUUGCCGAACUGACGUCAUUACUUGCUCCAGAAGCGAUUUAAGGUUGUAUUCAGGGUAAGAUAAAAGAUAUGCCGGAUUAUUCGAAAUUUGCCAGUCAGUAGAUAAUAUUAAAAAAA